AAAGUAUCUAUGUGAACUAAUGGUACUUUCAAUGUGUAAAAGUAGCUCACACUCCAAAAAAGGUUGGAGAUCCCUAAAAUAUAUAAAUAACUUUUGAGGUUUAACUUUUUUGUUGUUUCAAGUAAGGGAGGAUGGUGUCCUAAAGCCCCCUACGUACGGGCAUCUACCAGUCCAUGGAGACUCCUGUCUAACAUCAUAUGUUGGCCUGUUAUUUGUUGCCUUGAUGUUUUUGGCCACAAGGGAAGAGUAAUGUUAGUGCUCAGAUCAAAUAAGAAUUGUGUAAUGAAGGAAAAGUAUAAAUUAUCUGUGUGACAGGGUUCUGCUCAGACAGCAGUAUCCAUCUGAUGAUGGAGAUACAGAUUGGAGCUGAGUUCUGUUUUCCACAACUCAACAGGUCCUGCAGGAGGCCAACACCUCACUGGUCUGAAGCUAUCCUACUGAACAUCGUGUUGUCCUUCUUCUCUCUGAUCACAGCAGUUCUAAACCUCCUCAUCAUAAUCUCAGUCUCCUAUUUCAGGAGGCUCCAGAAACCUGCUAACAUCCUCAUCCUCUCUCUGGCUGUGUCAGAUUUCCUUGUUGGCUUUUUAAUCAUUCCAUUUGAAAUCUUUAGAAAGACAAAAUGCUGGAUACUCGGUAAUAUCACAUGUUUAUUUUACUAUUAUGUUUCCAUUUUGUCUCUCGGUGCUUCAAUUGGAACCAUUGUUCUCAUAUCAGCUGAUCGCUAUGUGGCUAUUUGUUACCCUCUGCAUUAUCCCACCAGAAUAACCUUACCAAGAAUUAAACGCUGUGUUUGUCUCUGUUGGAGCUGUGCUGCUUUCUAUGUAACUUGCUUGUUAAAAGAUGAGCUGAUUGAGCCAGGCAGGAGUAAUUCCUGCAUUGGAGAAUGUACAAUAUCUGCAGAUUAUAUUGUAGGAACUUUAGAUCUGUUUAUAACAUUUUUAUUUCCAGUUACAGUCAUCAUAGUUCUGUAUAUGAGAGUAUUUGUGGUGGCUGUGACUCAGGCUCGUGCCAUGUACUCUCACAAUAGAAGUGUCACCCUUCAGCUUUCAGUGCAACAACAAACAAAGAAAUCAGAGCUAAAAGCAGCCAGAACACUGGGUGUUCUUGUUGUUGUGUAUCUGAUGUGUUUCUGUCCAUAUUACUGCUGCUUUUAUUUUAUAGAUAGUUUAGCAACUACAACAUUUGUAUCAUUCUUAUUCUUUCUCCUUUAUCUUAACUCCUGUCUAAACCCUCUGAUCUAUGCCAUGUUUUAUCCCUGGUUCAGAAAAGCUGUUAAACAUAUUGUAACUUUACAGAUCCUGAAGCCCGGCUCCUGUGAGGCCAACAUACUGUAGAUACUGUGGACUGAGGGACGUACAACCUCCUGAACAAAUUACAAUUCUAAAAUCUAAAGUCCAAUGAAGGAGAAAAGUUUUCUUCAUUUCCUACAUUAUAAACAUAAAUGUAUGUAGAGAGCAGGGCCGGUUCUAGGCUGGCAUAUUUGAGGGGGCAGACAGAAUUGUGAAGGGGGAAGAUUGUGGUGAUAGGAACAGGAAAAGGUGUAUUGGUGGUGCAGGUAUUCCAGGAACUUUUAGUCGUGUGAUUGGAUUGUAUUUUGUUAGACUUUGAUCUUCCCUUUUUUUCUCUGUCCCUGAAACCCUUAUUCAUGUAUUCAUCACAUCAUAAAUAAACUACAGCAAUUGCAUCUAUAUGGUAUCCCACCCAAAGCCCUCACCAAACUUCAAGACAUCCAAAAUUGUCCUGCCUGUCUCCUAACCAGUGACCACGUCACCUCCAUCGACUUCCUCUCUCUCAGUGCAUAACAUUCAAAACUCAUUCAGAACUCACUCCCACAACCUCUCCACAACUGCUCUGACCUCUCCACCAUCAAAACUCUGUUUUACAGUUUAUGUUUUAUUUUUGCAUAAUCUGUCUGUUUUACCUUGUCUUUUUACAAAAUCUCUAAUGUUCUUCAUUAAUAAAAACUAUUAUUCCAUUUUGUGACCCGAGACCUGUUUUACUAUGAGAAAAUCAUUAACAUCAGAUCGACCAUUCAUUCCUCCAUGUCAACAUGCACAAUCAGACCACAGCUACAGCAACACAGGUUUGUGGCCAGUUGUCAGUGUGAUUACUGCUAAAUCACUGGGGGACAUAAUAACGAUCUUAAAUUCAUCUACCUGCUGUCUC